CCACGGACUGGACCUGUACGACAGACCGCACCACCCGAUCUGGCGGGAGUGGAUGAGGUGCGACGAGGACGGGCCCGACGGGAGCGUCAAUCCCGACGUCACUGCAGUCUUUGCCGCGGACGGCUCGCCCCUCAACAUCACCGACUACGAAGAUAUACUGGAGAGGUUCGUGACGGCCUUCGAGAAUGUCGAGGAGUUGGCAGACAGUCUUGACAUUGACAUUACCCUGAGAGAGGGGCUCACGAUGCAAAACUGGGUACCGUCUAGUGCCCUAGAAGACCUGGCAGAAUGGGUGGUUGUUGACUACAGCUGCGCAGCCGCUAGUCCAAAAAAUCUUUCGGUGAAGUUUUACUACACGGACGCUUACACCGCAUUUCUAGGCCCAGAGGAAGACGCGGAAGGGGAAGACUACUUGAUAGCCGACGAUAAGGGCUACGCGUUUGUUGUUCAGUGUAUGGCACGUGGAUUCCUAGAUGGUGUGAAGCUAAACACACCAGUUACCACCAUACAGACUGCCAAGGACUGUGUGUGUGCUACAGUGGAAGACGGAGGAAAAUACUGCGGAGACUAUGCCAUAACAACAUUCAGUAGUGGUGUCCUGCAAGCUGCUAUCCGAGAGGAGAAAGACGCUGUACAUUUCGAGCCUCCAUUACCUGCAGCAAAGCAAAAUGCGAUUAAUUCAGUUACACUUGUUCAUUAUGCAAUGAUUAGCCUCAUAUUCAGCACAACCUUUUGGAACGAAACUGAUGAAGACCAACAGAUAAUUCAUUAUGCUUCCAAUGAACGUGGGGAGUAUCCACACUUUACUCUGGACAAAAACAGCCCAAACACAAUACUAUUAGGGGUGACCGAAGACUUAGCCAUCAAGGUGGAAAAUCAACCAGUCAGUACAACGGUGGAAGAAGUAAUGGUCAUACUCAGAAAAAUCUACGGGAACGACAUACCUGAACCUCAGAAUGCUGUCGUAUCGAACUGGAGUAGUGAUCCAUUCGUCCGCUGUUCCUGGAUACUAUUUGAAUUGGGAGUUCCGGAAGACAUUAUCGACAAACUCCUGAUCCCUGUCGAUAGACUCUACUUUGCAGGAGACAGUUUUAAUCAGACCCAGUACGGUUAUGUACAUGGUGCUUAUGGCUCCGGUGUUGACGUUGCUCACAAGAUAACAACCAAGAUUGAACAAUCCUCAUCUGCAGCUGCUACUACCAGAAUACUAAAAGGCACAGUCAUCAUCACAGUUCUCCUCUCUCUGUUGGUCGUUUAAGAAGAUGCAAUCUAGUGUUGCUUAAAAAGAACAGAAGGGAAAGGCCUGGGCUUAUGGAACCUUCCUACCUCAAUUUCCAGUGAAUGUGAGCUGGUUCGUAAUCUUGCCAUGGCUGCGCGAUAUUUAGGUUGAUGGAUAAUUAGAAGAUGAAGGGAAGUUGUCCUAAUUCUCCUCGGACUGCCAUGGUUGGUUUU